AUGUCUUCCCACCCGAGCCUCACCAGCACGUACCGUGCGCGCGCCUCACUACCCACGACCGGGCCCUUGGCUUCCUACCUAUUGAGCCUCAUAUCCGUCAAGCAGACGAACCUCUGCCUCUCCGCCGAUGUCGAGACGUCGGCCGAACUCCUCCAACUGGCCGAAGAUGUUGGUGACUCAAUCUGCGUGCUCAAGACGCACUGCGACAUUGUCGUCGACUGGUCAGACAGGACAGCACAGGCACUGAGAGAGAUUGCCAAGCGGAAAUGGUUCCUCAUCUUCGAAGACCGAAAGUUUGCGGACAUUGGUGAAACCGUACAGAAGCAGUACACUUCUGGACACCACCGCAUUGCGCUUUGGGCCGAGAUCACCAACGCGCAUGUCAUUCCUGGCCCGGCCAUCGUCACCGCGCUCGAGAAGGCUGCCGAUGCCACCAUCGCCAAGUACAACACGUCCGUAAACACCGAAAUCUCUGCCACACGGCAAAUCAAUGGCCUCGACGACGAUGAUGACGAAGAGGACGAUCAAUUCGUACAACAACAAAGAAACUCGGCGAUUGAGUCACCCAUCGAGAUGGAGGGCGAGGAGAGGCGGCUGAGCAUCAAGGCUGCCGACCGCAAGCACAGCGUCGUCAGCGUGACAACCUCGAUAUCCAUGCGCACAGAGAGCAUAUCGCCGCGUCCAGAGCCAAAUGCCAACGGAGAAGAAGUCUUCAACUUGGACGUAGCAACAGAGCUCAUCCGACUUGGCCCACCACCGUUCCUCCGGUCGCUUCUGUUGCUUGCCGAGAUGAGCUCUGAGGGCCACCUCAUGACACCCGAAUACCAGAAGCGGACCGUCGAGAUUGCACGCAGCCGUCCCGAGUUUGUCAUGGGCUUCAUUGCGCAACGAAGCUUGAACACCGAGCCAGAGGACAACUUCAUUACCAUGACACCGGGCUGCCAGCUCCCGCCGCCAGGCCAGGAAGGCAAGAAGCUGGGCGAUGCUCUAGGCCAACAAUACAACACUCCUCGCAAGCUGAUCUUUGAGCAAGGCUGCGACGUCAUCAUUGUCGGACGAGGCAUCGUGCGCGCACAAGACCGCAAGGCGGAGGCAGAACGAUACAGAAAAGCUGCUUGGUCAGCCUACGAGGAAAGGAUCAAGAAGGCGUAG